ACAGUUCAUGUCAAUUGUCAAUGUCAAAGCUGCAAGCCAAACUUUAGCGUGUAAUUUAUUUUGUGUUGACUGCUUCGUUUAAAGAGUUGCUGUUAAACUGAAAUACGGGAUUUAUUAUUAUAUUGUGAAAAUCUUCGGCAAACAAAAUGUCGCAAAAUAACAAUGAAGUGAACCAACCAUCGAACAAGUAAGUUAUAGUAUCAACGAGCUUUUAGACUGAAUUUGACAUCAUUUAAUUUUAAUUACCUAAAAUAUAACUAUAAUUUAUUAUAACUUUAUUAUUCAGGGACCGCAGUGCCAAUUUUUCUAAAGAGGAAUGUCAUAAAUUAAUGAGUUUGCUCAAAGAUUACGCGAUUAUUACUUGCAAAAAAACCGAUAAUGCGAGCAACCAACAAAAGAAGCUGCUUGGAAAUUGCUUGCAGACAAAUUUAAUUCAGAUGCAACCAAAUUUCGUUCGGUUAAACAAUUGCAGCAGAAAUACAAUAACAUGAAAAAAAUGCAAGAAAGGAAAUGGCAGCAGAAAAAUAUGGCAGACGCCAAACUGGUGGUGGACCACCUCCUCCGAAGCCAUCAGAAACUACAGAGUGGCUUAACUCUAUUAUGGGGGAGUCAAUAAGUGGACUUCCAGCGAUGUAUGAUAGUGAUGCUCUUAUAAAUGAUGCAGUAAAUAUGGAAAUUGAAACAAUUGAUUUAGGAACCACUGCCAAUAUAAAGAACCAUGCCCAUUUUUGCCCCAGAAACGCCCAGAUAAAGUAAAUUAUAAGAUUGAGGUAAUAAAUAAAAAUUUGAAUUAAAUUGUUAAUUUUAAGUCCUAAGAAGCACUGGAUAAAAAAUAAAAAAAAUACGACUUUUUGUUGACCACCGAUCGGGGCUUUUGACAGAAUAAUGUUUCAUUCAUGCUUUUUGCAUUUAUCACGGUCUGGAAUCAUGUCUUUUGGCCGGUUUAUUCACUCGUUGUGUUUUUACAAAUUAUUUUGAAUAAUGAUAAACUAGUAUUAUAGUGUUGCUGUUUUAUUUGUAUAUUAAUGAUACUAUCGGUAAGAUUAACUUCAUAAUAAGUAACCGCAUGUAAAUUAUCUUACUAGUAAAAAAUAUGAAACGUUAUUUUUUUUAACAUCUUUUAAGACUGGCAACACUGAUUCAUUCAUUCACUCUGCGUCUGCUGCUGUGUUUACGUUUACUCCGAUUGUGCUUUUCCGUUCAAUUUAAAAUCUACUUCGGCUACGUUUUAUGGAUAUUGAUAGUGUCGUUUUAUUCAGUGACUUCGGCUUUUCUUAUACGGACUUCGUUGUGUUUUGUGAUUUGGACUUUUCGUUUGUGACACAAAAUGUUGCGUUGCUUGAACUGUGGGUUACGCGUUCAACGCAUACAGAGGCAUGUUGUUACAACUUUGCCUCAAGAGUUGCUAAUUAUCUUGUCUAUUUGGCUGAGAAUUGAAUAUCUCCCUAUGGAAGAUGUAAUAUGUCAUGCAUGUUAUGUAUUCUUACAAAAUGCUGAUGUAAACACACCUAGAAUAUUAGGUCAUACUAAUAUCUGUGCUGGCUGUGGCUGUUCUUUGAAUGAAGCUAGACUUCAUUCUCUCGAAGAAAAUGGACCAUUAUAUGAUUUUUUCCAUGGAUUAGAUCAGUACAGAAUGGAAGAGAUAGCUAUGCUGUUUGUCAUAAUUGUUGGCGGCGAGCUAGCCGACAAUUUGAACAAGAUUCUCAACGAGAAAUGGCUAUACCACAAUUGCCACCUGUACCUGCUCCUGCUCCAGCACCUGCCCCUGCUCCGGCACCUGCCCCUGUCCCGGCACCUGCACCUGCUUCUGCCUCUCAGCUGGGCCAGAGAUCAGUUGGAAUGGUCAAUUUACCUCAUUACAAGAGAGCUGCUAGUACAUCAAGACACUGCAUUUAUUCCGACUGCGGUUAUGUACCUAUGCAUUUAAUACCAACAUUUAUUAAAAAUAUGUUAAUUGUAGAUUACAACUAUUAUGUGCCCCGGUAUUCACGUGUUUGCCAUCACCAUUUGUAUUCUAAUACUUGGCGUGAAUUACCAGAACAAUCAUCUUCAAUAUCAAGUUUUAGUAUAAAUCAAAUAGAAGAUUUAGUUAAUAUGGCAAAACAAAAAACUGUCACAUUUAAUUUUGAAUGUGUUGAAGAAAUGCCCAACCACAUAUGCCAUUAUUGGACUGGACUGGAAGUGUCUGAAUUCAUUAUUUUAUUUAAUGAGUUACCUUUAGCUAAUCAGGUACCAUCACCAAAAUCUGCUUUGGCUAUCUUUAUAAUUAAAAUGAGGACAGGGGACAGUAACAAGAGAUCGUCUUCAUUAUUUAAUAUACCUCGAUCAACUAUGGAGAGGCACAUGAACAUUGUACGCUUAUGUUUUAUGGAACAUUUUGUACCAUUACAUAUUGGAUUGCAGCAUCUUAAUAGAGAAGAUGUCAUAAGAAGAAAUCUAAGUAUUCCAAAUGCUUUGUUUGGCAAUCCAAAUGGCUCUGAUCAAACCAGACCUGCAAUCACAAUAUGUGAUGGCACUUACAUAUAUAUUGAAAAGAGUUCCAAUUAUUUCUAUCAAAAGGAAACUUAUAGUUUACACAAAUAUGUGAACCUCGUUAAACCAUUUCUUUGUGUGUGUACAGACGGGCACAUUAUUGAUGUGAUCGGCCCUUAUGCUGCCACUCAAACCGAUGCAGAAAUAAUGAAAGAUUUAUUUACUGAUGAAUCUGGACCCAUGCGAUCAUUUUACAGAGAGGGAAAUGUAUUUAUACUCGACCGAGGAUUCAGAGAUACGAUCCCACUAUUGGAGGCCUGUAAUUAUAAUGUGCAGAAGCCUGAGUCGUUAAAUGAGGGAGAACGACAACUAACAACUAUUCAGGCAAACAAAAGUCGAUUAGUGACAUUAUGUCGAUGGGUAGUGGAAGUAGUCAACGGACGAUUUAAAAGGGACUUUAAAUUAUUUCGCCAGGAUUUUUUAAUAGAGCUCAUGCACAUUUAAUGAGUGAUUUUAAAAUUGCAACUUCAUUAAUUAACAGAUUUCACCCCACGCUUCAAGAUCGGCCAGAUGCUUCUCUUAUUAUAGAAAGAGCCUUGAGGUAUCAACAUACUCCUAAUUACUUAGCAGAAUUUGUAACAAAUUAUAAUUUAAACAGGCGAUCGGUUAUGUUUAGACGCAUAGACGGCAGGUUUCCUCAAUUAAAUAUAUUUCCCGUAUUUAGUUACUCAGAAUUGAUUAUUUUCGCAUUGGGCCCAUAUCAGGUAAAACAAGCACGAUCAUAUUAUGGCGAACAUGUUCGACAAAAUGGCUUGUAUAAAAUUGAAAUAUGUCCUGAGCUGGAACACUCUGAAGAAAUGGUUGCGGCCGUUGGAGGAAAUAGACCUUAUUUAUUAAGGGGUCGAAUCCAGUCGCGCCAUGUUGGUCGGCGUAAAUAUUUUACGUAUAUUUUAAUUGACACUCAGCCCUCGAGUAGUAAUUGCUUAGAUGCAAUAUUAGGUUACUGUUGCAACUGUCUCGUGGGUAACAGAACAGUGGGAUGCUGUUGCCACGUUAUGGCCAUAAUAUGGUAUUUGGGUUGGGCUAGACACCAAGACAAUAUAUCGCCGCCAGCAUCAUUCUUAGACAAUAUAUUACUUGUAAUUGAAGAAUAAAACAUUUAACACUUA